CAACUAUGGGAAGCAUGGGAGAAGAGCGAGCAAUGACGGUGCAGGAGCUCGCAAACGUCCUCGGCAAGCCCGACGUGCCAGCCCAGUACGUGGUGCGCGGGCACCACAACCAGCAGCUCGCCACAGCCGUCGCAGCACCUAUCCCUGUCAUCGACCUCUGCCGCCUUUUCACGGAGGAUGGUGCAGCCACUGAUGAGGCAUCGAAGCUUCGAGCAGCGCUCGAGUCAUGGGGCCUCUUCCUGCUCAGUAACCAUGGUGUAGAAACCACCAUGAUGGACGGCAUGAUGAUUGCUUCGAGGGAGUUUUUCAAGCGGCCACUUGAAGACAAGAAGAGGUACACCAACCUAAUCGGCGGUGAGCAGUUCCAGUUUGAGGGGUACGGGAAUGACGAGGUGAGGUCACCUGACCAGAUCCUGGACUGGUCUGACCGCCUCUACCUCAAGGUAGAGCCCGAGGACGAGCGACGCAUCGCCCUCUGGCCAACACAUCCUGAAAACUUCAGGGAUAUUCUGCACAACUUCACGAGAAAAUGUGGGGGAGUGAAGGACAAUCUGCUCCAGGCAAUGGCGAAGCUGCUGCAGCUUCAUGAUGACGACUACUUUGUGGACCAGCUCGGGGAGAAGGCUGAAACUAACGUGAGAUGCAGCUACUACCCAGAGUGUCCAAGGCCAGAGCUUGUAUUUGGUCUCAAGCCUCACUGCGAUGGAACCGUCCUUACACUUCUCAUGGUCGAUGACAGCGUCGGUGGCCUGCAAGUUCUAAGAGAUGGAGUGUGGUGGGAUGUACCGAUCGUACCUCACACACUGUUGGUCAUUAUAGGAGAUCAGACUGAGAUUAUGAGCAACGGCUUCUUCAAGAGCCCUGUGCAUAGGGUCAUGACAAAUGCAAAGAAAGAGAGGCUAUCAGUGGCUCUAGACUAUUCUGUUGACCAUGAGAGAGAAAUUGAGCCAUCGGCUCAGCUGAUCGAUGAGAAGAGACCAGCAUUGUACAUGAAAGUGAAGGUCAAGGACUACAUUGCCGGGCUGUAUGAACAUUUCUCUAAGGGAACGAUGGUUAUUGAUACACUGCAGAUAUAACUAUGUGGUAUCUAUCAUGGAAAAAUGUGAUCA